AUGUUGAUCUCAAAACCACUUCAUACCCUCUCGCUAUGUCUUGGACUAGCGAGUGUCUUAUCUGCGAGAGCAAUCGGUUCGGAUCCCCAGAAUAUCCAGAAAAGAGAGCAAAAUGUUGUCACCUUUGAUGACCACAGUCUCUUGAUCAACGGCGAACGUCUUAUGAUAUUCAGUGGCGAGGUCCAUCCAUUCCGCCUACCAGUCACUGGCCUAUGGCUCGACAUCCUCCAGAAGAUCAAAGCAUCCGGGUACAGUGCCGUCUCCAUCUACAUCGACUGGUUUCUCUUGGAAGGCAAACAGGGUGAAUUUCGCUCCAAAGGGAUCUUUGCCUAUGAUACCUUCUUUGAGGCCGCCAAGAAGGCCGGUCUCUAUGUCAUUGCCCGCCCCGGGCCGUACAUCAACGCCGAAGUGUCUGGGGGUGGAUUUCCAGGCUGGUUGACCCGUGUCCCAGGAGCACUUCGUACCAAUUCCGACGCCUUCAUUAGUGCCACAGAUCUUUAUACAAGCGAGAUUGGCAAGGUCAUUGCCGCCGCUCAAAUCAAUAAUGGCGGGCCUGUCAUUCUCCUACAACCCGAAAACGAGUAUCAAAACGCCAUCGCCCCUUAUCCUAUGCCAGAGUACGAUUAUUGGAGCAGUGUGACCAAUCAGUACAAGAAAGCCGGAGUUGACGUUCCGUAUUUCAACAAUGAGGCUCACAUGUAUGGAUAUAUUACUGCUCACACGCCCGCCAGCGUAGAUAUCUACGGGCAUGACUCGUACCCGCUUGGAUUCGACUGUGACAAUCCGGACGUCUGGCCAGCAGGCAAACUGCCCACCAACUGGCUAGCCACGAACGAUGCCUUGGCACCUGAUUCUCCCUACACAAUCCCCGAGUUUCAAGGAGGCGGCUUCCAACACUGGGGCCAAACGGCCGGGUUUGAACAAUGUGCUUCUCUGCUCAACAUGGAGUUCGAGCGUGUAGUCUAUAAGAACAACUACGCUGUCGGUGCAACCAUUUUCAACAUCUACAUGACGUAUGGUGGCACGAACUGGGGCAACCUAGGACAUGCUGAGGGCUUCACAUCCUAUGACUACGGUGCCCAAAUUACUGAAGAGCGUCAACUAUGGCGGGAGAAGUACAGCGAGGUCAAGCUUCAGGCACACUUCUUCCAUGUCUCGCCUGCCUAUCUUGAGGCAGACCGCUUCAACUCAUCCCUGGAAUACACGAAUACCGAUGCCAUAACUGUCACACCUGCUACGACCAACACUACCAAGUUUUACAUCUCUAGGCAUACAGAGUAUGAGACGACAGAGUCAGUUCCAUACCGUCUCAAGGUCAAGACAGUCGAUUACGGAGACAUUGAAAUCCCCCAGCUUGGUGACAGUCUCAUUAUGAACCGCCGUGACUCCAAAAUCCACGUUAGCGAUUACCCCGUUGGAGACAAGAAGCUCAUAUAUUCGUCCGCCGAGGUCUUUACAUGGAAGAAAUACGAUGACAAGACCGUCUUAGUAUUAUACGGCGGGCCCAAUGAGUACCACGAGAUUGCCAUUGCAGGUGAAACAGAGAUCAAGAAAGAGGAUGUGGAAGUGCAGAGCGGCGAUGUCAAGGUCCAGACCUCCGACAAGGGCUACACAAUUCUCUCUUGGGCUAUCUCGGACAAUGUCAAAGAUCGAAACGUCGCCCUAGUCCAAGGAGACUUCUACAUCUAUCUCCUCAACCGCAACGAAGCAUAUAACUUCUGGGUUCCUCCCACCGGUUCAGGCACCGACUUCGGCACCUCAGACAUCAUCCUCAAAGCCGGCUACCUCAUCCGCACAGCCCAAAAGGACGGCAAGUCACUCAGCCUCAUCGGCGACGUCAACGCCACCACCCCCAUCGAGAUCAUCGGAGGCGCCCCCGCCGGCCUCGAAGAGCUCAAGUUCAACGGCCGGUCCCUCAGCUUCGACCAAAACCCCCAGGGCGUCGUCACCGCCACCGUCGAGUUCUCCAAGCCCGAGUUCUCCCUCCCCUGCCUCAGCCAGCUCGAGUGGAAGAAGAUCGACUCCCUGCCCGAGUUGUCCCCGGACUACGACGACAAUAGCUGGGUCGACGCCAACUACACCACCUCCCCCAACGACCUCCGGCCCCUCGACACCCCCGUCUCCCUCUACGCGGGCGACUACGGCUUCCACGCCGGCACCGUCCUCUUCCGGGGCCACUUCAAGGCCAACGGCGACGAGUCAUCCAUCACCAUCACAGCCCAGGGCGGCCACGCCUUCGGCUUCUCCGCCUGGCUCGGCUCCCACUUCCUCGCCUCCUGGACCGGCGAGACCAACGUCUUCAACGGCACCAUCAAGGCAGACCUGCCCGCCGACCUGGCCCCGGGCUCCGACCAGGUCAUCACCGUCGUCAUCGACCACAUGGGCCUCAACGGCAACUACGUAAUAGGCGAAGACAACCUCAAGACCCCGCGCGGCAUCCUCUCCUACUCCCUCGCGGGCCACCCCGCCUCCGAUAUCACCUGGAAGGCAGCAGGUAACCUCGGCGGCGAGGACUACGUCGACCUCUCCCGCGGGCCCCUGAACGAAGGAGGGAUGUACGCCGAGCGCCAGGGCUUCCACCAGCCCUCACCCCCCUCAUCAAACUGGGAGACCGGCCGCCCGACCGACCCCGUCACCGCGCCGGGAAUCACCUUCUACACCACGUCCUUCGACCUCGACCUGCCGAGGGGCUACGACAUCCCUCUCUCCUUCAAGUUCGGCACGGGCGUCGCACAAGGCAAGUUCCGCCUCCAGCUCUUCGUCAACGGCUUCCAGUUCGGCAAGUUCGUGCCUCAUAUCGGCCCGCAGGCGAGGUACCCCGUCCCCGAGGGGAUUCUCAACCACCACGGGACCAACACCCUCGCCAUCACGCUCUGGGCGAUGGAGGAAGGGGGGGCGAAGCUCGAGGGGAUGGGGUGGCAUGUGUCCAUGGUAACGGAGUCUGGGUUCGGGGAUAUCGAACUGACCCCUGCGCCGGAGUGGGAGGAGAGGAAAGGUGCCUAUUAA